GCUGCCGCGCCUCGCCGCGCGCCCGCCGCCCCUCGUGCAUCGGGGGCGCCGCGCGGGCGCCGCGCCUUCGCGGGCUCUGCCGCCGCCGCCGCCGCCUCUGCGGCCGCCGCCGCCGCUGGUCGGGGAGACGCGGGGUUGGGGGGGCCGGCGGGCGCGCGGGGUGCCGGCGGGAGGCGGCGGCGCCCCCUCCUCCUGCUCCUCCUCCGGCGCCGCGGGCUCUUCGGAUAUGGCCGCGGCGGUGGCGGUGGCGGCCGCGUCCCGGCGGCAGUCAUGCUACCUGUGUGACCUGCCCCGCAUGCCCUGGGCCAUGAUCUGGGACUUCACCGAGCCCGUGUGCCGCGGCUGCGUCAACUACGAGGGCGCCGAUCGCGUCGAGUUCGUCAUCGAGACGGCGCGGCAGCUCAAGCGGGCGCACGGCUGCUUCCCGGAGGGCCGCUCCCCGCCCGGCGCCGCGGCGCCCGCCACUGCCAAGCCGCCGCCGCUGUCGGCCAAGGACCUCCUCCUGCAGCAGCAGCAGCAGCAGCAGCAGCAGCAGCUCGGCCACGCCGGCCCCGAGGCGGCCCCGCGCGCGCCGCAGGCCCUGGAGCGCUACCCGCUGGCCGCCGCGGCGGAGCGGCCCCCGCGCCUCGGCUCCGACUUCGGUGGCCGCGCGGCCGCGGGCUUGGCCCAGACGCCGACGCCGCAGCCACCGCCCGUGAACGGCAUCCUGGUGCCCAACGGCUUUUCCAAGCUGGAGGAGCCGCCGGAGCUGAACCGCCAGAGCCCGAAUCCGCGGCGCGGCCACGCCGUGCCGCCCACGCUGGUGCCGCUCAUGAACGGCUCGGCCGCGCCGCUGCCCGCCGCGCUCGGCCUCAGUGGCCGCGCCGCCGCCUCGCUGGCUGCCGUGUCCGGGGCCGCAGCCGCCGGCCUGGGCUCGGCGCAGCCCGCCGAGCUGGGCGCACAUAAGCGGCCGGCGUCCGUGUCCAGCAGCGCGGGCGCGGAGCACGAGCCCCGCGAGGCGGCGGCCAAGGAGAAGCAGCCGCCGCCGCCCGCGCACCGGGGUCCGGCCGACAGCCUGUCGAGCGCGGCGGGCGCCGCCGAGCUGGGCGCCGAGGGCGCGGGCAAAGGCCGAGGGUCUGGAGACCAGGACUGGGUCAACAGGCCCAAGACCGUCCGCGACACGCUGCUGGCGCUGCACCAGCACGGCCACUCGGGGCCCUUCGAGAGCAAGUUCAAGAAGGAGCCGGCCCUGACUGCAGGCAGGUUGCUGGGGUUCGAGGCCAACGGGGCCAACGGGUCUAAAGCAGUCGCUAGAACCGCGAGGAAAAGGAAGCCCUCUCCAGAACCGGAAGGUGAAGUCGGGCCCCCCAAGAUCAAUGGCGAGGCCCAGCCGUGGCUGUCCACCUCCACAGAAGGGCUCAAGCUCCCCAUGACCCCCACGUCCUCUUUUGUGUCUCCACCACCUCCCACUGCCUCACCUCAUUCCAACCGGACCACACCGCCUGAAGCGGCCCAGAAUGGCCAGUCCCCCAUGGCAGCCCUGAUCUUAGUAGCAGACAAUGCAGGGGGCAGUCACGCCUCGAAAGAUGCCAACCAGGUCCACUCCACCACCAGGAGGAACAGCAGCAGCCCACCCUCUCCGUCCUCUAUGAACCAAAGAAGGCUCGGCCCCCGGGAGGUGGGGGCCCAGGGCGCCGGCAGCACAGGAGGACUGGAGCCCGUGCACCCCGCCAGCCUCCCAGACUCCUCUCUGGCAGCCAGCGCCCCACUGUGCUGCACCCUCUGCCACGAGCGGCUGGAGGACACCCACUUUGUGCAGUGCCCAUCGGUCCCUUCGCACAAGUUCUGCUUCCCUUGCUCCAGACAAAGCAUCAAACAGCAAGGAGCUAGUGGAGAGGUCUAUUGUCCCAGUGGGGAGAAAUGCCCUCUGGUGGGCUCCAACGUCCCCUGGGCCUUCAUGCAGGGGGAGAUUGCAACCAUCCUUGCUGGAGAUGUGAAAGUGAAAAAGGAGAGAGACUCGUGACUUUCCAGUUUCAGAAAAACCCACUGAUUUCCCCCAACUGAAACUGUUUCAAUUGUAUAUAUAUCUCCAUAUAUAUAUAUAUAUAUACAUACAUAUAUAUAUCCAAGACAAGGGAAAUGUAGACUUCAUAAACAUGGCUGUAUAAUUUUGAUUUUUUGAAUACAUUGUGUUUCUAUAUUUUUUUGACGA